AUGUCUCUGUUUGAAAGCUAUAGUGGGGACAGCUCAAAUAAAGGGAGAUAUCUUCAAGCCAACAACAGAGAACUCAAUGAUAUUUUUGGAUAUCCGAACAAUACCAUCAAGACCUCAAGAUAUAGUGCCAUUAACUUCCUGCCCCGGAACCUAUUUGAACAGUUCCAGAGACUUGCAAAUGCAUAUUUCCUCAUCUUGCUAUUCCUACAGUUGAUCCCCCAGAUCUCCUCCUUGGCGUGGUACACAACUGUGGUACCCCUGAUGGUGGUGCUGUCCAUAACAGCAGUGAAAGAUGCCAUGGAUGACCUGAAAAGGCACCAAAAUGACAAUCAGGUCAACAACCGUCCUGUUCUACUGCUGGUAAAUGGCAGAAUGAAGAAGGACAAGUGGAUGAAUGUCCAAGUGGGAGAUAUAAUAAAACUAGAAAAUAAUCAGCCAGUCACAGCAGAUAUCCUAUUACUCUCUAGCAGUGAGCCAUACAGUCUGACGUACAUAGAGACAGCAGACCUGGAUGGCGAAACCAACCUGAAAGUGAAACAGGCCAUCUCAGUUACCAGUGACAUGGACGAUAACUUGGAGCUGCUGUCUGCCUUUGAUGGAGUAGUGAAGUGUGAGCUUCCCAAUAACAAACUGGACAAAUUCGCAGGAAUACUGACCUUUAAGGGGAAAAACUACCUCCUGAACCAUGACAAGCUGCUACUCCGAGGCUGCAUCAUCAGGAAUACAGACUGGUGCUAUGGCUUAGUGAUUUAUACUGGGCCAGACACCAAAUUAAUGCAGAACAGUGGGAAGUAUAACUUUAAACGAACACAGAUAGACCAUCUUAUGAAUGUCCUCGUGCUCUGGAUUCUCCUUCUUUUAGGCAUCAUGUGUUUUAUCCUAGCAGUUGGACAUGGCAUUUGGGAGCACAAGAAAGGCUACUACUUCCGGAUUUAUCUGCCGUGGGAAAAAUAUGUCUCUUCAUCAGUUAUCUCUGCUGUGCUCAUAUUCUGGUCCUACUUCAUUAUUCUCAACACCAUGGUGCCCAUUUCCCUCUACAUCAGUGUUGAAAUAAUAAGAUUGGGCAACAGUUUCUAUAUCAACUGGGAUCAGCAGAUGUUUUAUCAACCAAAGAACACACCAGCACAGGCUCGUACCACCACCCUUAACGAAGAGCUUGGCCAGGUCAAAUAUGUGUUCUCUGACAAAACAGGGACUCUGACUCAAAACAUCAUGAUUUUCAGCAAAUGUUCUAUUAAUGGAAAACUCUACGGUGAUGUCUACGACAAGGAUGGGCAGAAGGUGACAGCCUCUGAGAAAGAAAAGAUCGACUUCUCCUACAACAAACUAGCUGAUCCUAAGUUUUCUUUUUAUGACAAGACUUUGCUGGAAGCAGUGAAAAAAAGAGAUCGCUGGGUGCACUUGUUUUUCCUCUCACUCUCAUUGUGUCAUACCGUGAUGUCAGAAGAAAAAGUGGAAGGUGUGCUGGUGUACCAGGCUCAGUCACCAGACGAAGGUGCCCUGGUCACUGCUGCCAGGAACUUUGGCUUUGUAUUCCGUUCCCGCACGUCUGAGACAAUCACAGUGGUCGAAAUGGGGCAAACCAGAGUCUACCAACUGCUAGCUAUUUUGGACUUCAGCAAUGUGCGCAAACGGAUGUCUGUUAUUGUGAAGACACCUGAAGAUCGGGUAAUGUUGUUCUGCAAGGGUGCAGACACCAUCAUCUGUGAGCUGCUUCAUCCAUCCUGUAGAUCCCUCAGUGAUGUGACCAUGGAACAUUUAGAUGUAAGUGUUUAGGCUGCAGGAGAGGGAAGCUAUGGGUGGUUCUCUGUAUCUGGAUAUAUGUUCACGUAUGUGUCCCUGUGUCAGUGUGUUUCUAUGUGGGUGAAUUUCCAUGGUCAGACCUGGAAUUUGCUUCAGAAUAGAAGAAGAAAAUUAAAAUGAAUGUAUGCUUGGCUAGAGAGGGAGUGACGUCUGUUAGGGGCCACAGCCAUAGAAGACAAGCUGCAAGAUGGAGUGCCUGAGACAAUCAUGACCCUGAACAAAGCCAAAAUUAAAAUGUGGAUUUUAACUGGAGAUAAGCAAGAGACUGCUGUGAACAUUGCCUACUCCUGUAGUAUAUUUGAGGAUGAAAUGGAUGGGGUGUUCACUGUGGAAGGCAGGGACGAUGAGACUAUUCUGCAAGAACUCAGGACAGCAAGAGGCAAGAUGAAACCUGAGUCUCUACUGGAUUCAGACCCAGUAAACAUUUACCUCACCACGAACUCCAAAAUGCUCUUCAGAAUGCCUGAGGAGGAGGCCAAUGGCAACUAUGGCUUGGUCAUCAAUGGCUACAGUCUGGCCCGUGCUCUAGAAGGAAACCUGGAGUUGGAAUUGCUGCGAACGGCAUGCAUGUGCAAGGGGGUGAUCUGCUGCCGGAUGACACCCCUUCAGAAGGCCCAGGUGGUAGAGCUGGUGAAGAGGUACAAGAAGAUGGUGACACUGGCCAUCGGGGAUGGGGCCAAUGACGUCAGCAUGAUUAAAGCUGCCCACAUUGGGGUCGGCAUCAGCGGCCAUGAGGGGAUGCAGGCCAUGCUCAACAGUGACUUCGCCUUCUCCCAGUUCCGCUACCUUCAGCGUCUACUCUUGGUCCAUGGCCGCUGGUCUUAUAAUCGCAUGUGCAAGUUUCUCAGCUACUUCUUUUAUAAGAACUUUACUUUCACCCUGGUGCACUUCUGGUAUGCCUUCUACAACGGGUUCUCUGCACAGAUAGUUUACGAUACCUGGUUUAUCACCUGCUACAAUCUGAUCUACACUUCCCUCCCUGUUCUGGGCAUGAGUCUGUUUGAUCAGGAUGUGAAUGAAGCAUGGAGCCUACAUUUCCCAGAGCUGUAUGAGCCAGGCCAGCACAACUUCUAUUUCAACAAGAGAGAAUUUAUGAAGUGUUUAAUGCAUGGGAUCUACAGUUCCUUCGUGCUGUUCUUUGUCCCCAUGGCAACUACUUACAACUCAGAGCGAAUGAACGGGAAGGACAUCUCCAACUUCCAGUCUUUCUCUCUGAUCGUGCAGACCUCCUUGAUCUGGGUGGUCACAAUCCAGAUCAGCCUACAGACAACCUACUGGACAAUGAUAAGCCACUUCUUCAUCUGGGGUAGCCUAGGUUUCUACUUUUGCAUGGCAUUCUUCCUGUACAGUGAUGGCUUGUGCCUAUUGUUCCCUGAUGUCUUCGAAUUCCUAGGUGUGACCAGGAACAUUCUGAACCAGCCGCAACUGUGGCUGAGCAUUAUGCUCAGCGUGGUCCUCUGUGUAUUACCUGGGCUUGGGUACCGAUUUCUUAAACCACUAUUCUGGCCCGUCGGUGUGGACAAGGUUUUUGAGAGAAUUCAGCAGUGCAGGAAACUUCCAGAGCCACACCCAAUCCGGACCAAACUGAAACAUACAAGCUCUCGUCAUUCUGGCUACGCAUUCUCCCAUAAACAGGGCUUUGGGGCCCUCAUCAUUUCUGGCAAGAUAAUGAAGUUCAAGGCAUCCAAGCAAAGCAGCCUUGCUUCUAAAAAGUAG